UCCCUUCCCUUAGCUUCGCUUCCCGGCCCUUAUCACUUGUAUACCUAUCGGCGCUUCAGAGUGGUGGAUCUCGGAUCGAUCGAAAGACUGAUGGAAGCUGCCGGCGUCUCCUCCUCCGUUCGUGGGAAGCUCUCGGAGCGCUUCUCCCUCAUCUUUCCCGAUCUCUCUGACCGUGCGAAUAGAUUAUCAUGGGGUUUGAAGUUGUCCAUGGUGCUUCUUCAUGUGAUUUUCGUGGGCGUGGUUUUCCUCUUCGAUGUCUCAUUGAUACGCAGAACCAGAGAGGAGCCAUGGUAUACUGCAGCAUACUUGGUGGUUUUUGCAGCAUCAUUAUUUCAAUAUUUCUAUACUUCUUCUUCUUCACCAGGUUAUGUUGUUGACGCAAUGAAGGCAGCAAAUGGAAUGCCAACCACUUUUAACAACCCGUCUUCAAUUUUGAAGCAGUCCAACUCAAGAGAUGGGAAUAUAAUUCACUCCAUGACCAACUAUCAUCUUGAAGCACAAACUACCCACUUGACUUCAUCAUCAUGGUCGCAGCUUGUUAUGGACCUGUAUCCUCCUGGAUCCGCCAUCAGAAAUUGGACAUGCACUUACUGCAAUAUUGUUCAGCCUCCACGUGCAAAGCACUGCCAUGAUUGUGACAAAUGCAUCCUUCAAUUUGAUCAUCACUGUGUGUGGUUAGGAACUUGUGUUGGACAAGGAAAUCAUUGUCGAUUUUGGUGGUACAUUUUUCUAGAAACAAUCCUUUGCUAUUGGACAGUUGUAUUAUACAUCUCCUAUUUGCGCUCAGAAAUUGAGAAGGCUUGGUGGAAGGAUUUCAUUGUUAUAGUGCUCUUAGCUACUUUGGUGUUUUGUCUCAUCUUUCUCAAUCUGCUGCUCCUCUUUCACAGCUAUUUAGCUUUGACAAAUCAGACUACCUACGAGACGGUGAGAAGGCGACGCAUUUUGUACUUGAGGGGAAUUCCAGAAAAGGUUCAUCCCUUUAGCAAGGGCAUCUGCAAAAACUUGUACACCUUCUGUUGCUCUGGUCACAACAUACGAGAUUUAGAAGCUAUGCCAACUAUGGAGGAUUUCCAAGCAAGAGCAAGACCUUACACUUGCUUGGAUGUCAUCGUGUGCCGGUGUUGUUGAUCAAUCUUGUCUUAGCAUUCUUUUUUGGUCUUCAGUUUAAGAGGACUUUUGAUAAGCAUGUAAUCCAUACAAUUAGGUCGAAUGUGGUCAUUCAUUUUCUUUGUGGCAAGUCAUAUUACAUUGUCGCUGAAGAAUUUAUAACUUUAAUCAAUAUGAAUCUGGAUUUCAAAAUGCCA